AUGGUGCGUUGUCUAUUAUUAGUGCUUUCUGAAUUGUUAUUGGAAGAUCCUCCAACUGGGUUAGAAGGACUAAUGGGCGAGCUCGGUGAAGGCGGAACUACUGCCGUUUUAGGAGAAAAAGCAGGCAUUGAUUCCUCAGAUCCAUUUAUUGAUGUUGAUGUGGAGUUUGUUGACGGUGGUGAUUUUGAGGUUUCAGGAGAAGACGGUGCUAGUGACGGCUUGCUAUCUGAAGAACUUUCAGUGGUACUUGGAGGUGAUUCUUGCUUGGGAGGAGUAGGAGGUGAGCCAGAUGAUGAUUGCGGAGAUGGCGAGGGUGAACUUUUUGGUGGUUGUUUUGGUGGUGAAUUUGUUCUUUCUGCUGGUGAUGGUGGUGGUGGUGAAAGUUUUUCUCCUAGUGGUGGCGGUGGUGAAUGUUUUUCUCCUAGUGGUGGCGGUGGUGAAUGUUUUUCUUCUUGUGGUGGCGGUGGUGACGUUUUAGGUGGCUCUACUUUUGGUGAUUGUUUGUUUGAUGGCGGUGAAUCAUCAUUGGGCUUUGACAAUUUAUUGCUUUUGUAG